GUCCAUUAUUGAUAUUUGUGAUUUAAUUUUUAAUUAAUUUAUAGUUAUAUAUUUAAAUGUUUGAAUUAAUUUCAUCAACAACAACAACACCAUCGAUGAAUACUUUUACAAAUAAGAUUACUAAAAACAAUGAUAAAAUUAAAAAUGAUAAUAAUCAAAAUAAUGAAAUAUUUGAUGAUGAUUAUGAAUCAAUGCCUGAAACAUCAGGUGUUGGUGUACAUAUGAUGGCCGGUGCAAUGGCUGGUAUGAUGGAACAUGUUCUAAUGUAUCCACUUGAUUCAGUAAAGACUCGAAUGCAAACACUGAGACCAAAUCCAAAUGCAUCAUAUCGUUCGGUACCAGAAGCAUUAUAUAAAAUGAUACGUUAUGAAGGCCUGUUAAGGCCAAUAAAAGGUGUAUCGGUUGUAUUUUUCAGUGCUGGACCGGCACAUGCCUUAUAUUAUUCUUGUUAUGAACGUAUGAAAUUAAUAUUAAGCGGUACAACAAUUAGCUAUGAUCAAACACAUUUAUCUCAUGGAGCUGCUGGUUGUAUAUCUACACUAUUACAUGAUGCUGUUAUGAAUCCAGCCGAAGUUAUAAAACAACGAAUGCAAAUCUAUAAUAGCCCGUAUAGAUCAAGUUUAAAUUGUAUGAUUGAUAUUUAUCGCCGUGAAGGUUUUCAUGCAUUUUAUCGUAGUUAUUAUACAAGCCUUUUUAUGAAUAUACCAUUUCAAAGUAUACAUUUUAUGACAUAUGAAAUGAUGCAAAAUUUUCUAAACAAAAAUCGUGAAUAUAAUCCACAAGUACAUGUUAUAUCGGGUGCAAUGGCUGGUGGUUUUGCUGCAGCCAUAACAACACCAUUAGAUGUUUGUAAAACAUUGAUCAAUACACAGGAACGACAAAUUCUACAAACAUCAAAACAACGUAUUAUAACUGGUUUAUUUGGUGCCAUAUCAACUAUUUAUCGAUGUUGUGGUUUUAAAGGUUAUUUUCAAGGUUUACAAGCACGUGUAUUAUAUUCAAUGCCUGCGACUGCAAUAUCAUGGUCAGUUUAUGAAUUUUUAAAAUAUUUUCUACGUGAUAAAGGAAAAGAUUAUCCAUUAACGAAUUCCGGGUCAUCAACGAUAACGACAACAUCGACAACAUCAGCAGCAGCAUCAGCUGCUGCAACAAAUUUAAAUCUAAAAUUAUCAAAUUUACCGAAAAUUCCUGUUACAGAAUUAUCAGUCAAAUGAAUUCUUAUCUCCUUCAGAUUCUAUUCAAUAACAACAAUAAAAUCGAACAGUGAUCAAUCAAAAUUUCAAAAUCAAUCAAACAAAAUGAAAACAACAAACGAUG